UAUUGAAAGAUUAGGGCUUUGUGGCAGAUAGUUAUUUAAACUGUGUGAGUACACAGAAAAAAUAUGAUUAAAAUUUCACGUACAGAUACAGUACAUAAUAUAUUCAUGGUUUUAAUAUUAAUAAAUAUUUAAAGAGGAGUGAUGUUACUUUGUAAAAGUUUUCAAGGAUCAAACUUACUUGUUAGUGUCUUUGUAAAGUAUCCACGCGUUAGGGUUUGAAAAUUAGGUGCAUUCUAGCGCUUAAUAGAUAUUCAAUUGGAUGCUUUCAGUUUGAUAUAAAAGAGGGUUAAGGCGAUACAAGGGUCAGUACAGAAGCAGCCUCCAACGGUAUACUUCUAACUCUUAUAAGGUGCAGGAAGAAAAUAUAUACACUACAGCUCACUGUUACUAUGUAUAACUGGCGUUUACUACUAUUUGCGUUUUUCGCGGUAUUCAAACCGAUUGCGUCUUCCGCUGAACGCAAUCUCGUUGAUGGCAGGCAACAGUGCUGUGACCAUCGCCUUUCGAGAGAUACUGCAAGACUUAAUGGAAACAAUCCUUUCGAGUUUUCAGCUGAAAAUCGUCACCUAAAAGAGCGCCGGUAUAUUAGGGAAGUAAGACGUGAUGACUUUCGCAACGGACACUAUGCUAUGAUUUCUGCUACAGCAAAUUCAUUUCACGACGCUCAAGAACGACAAGUAAUUCGUAAUUCAGAUUUUCGUACUCGUUCUGCUGCAACUACAUUCCGUUUAAUGAUUAAUAGACGAGUUCCUAUAGAAAUAAGAGAUUCCCGCAUUCGGAACAUUGAAACUGAUUUAGAAAAACGAAACUUUGCUUCAUAUUUGAAUUCAAAAAUUGGGACAUCUGAUGAACGAGUAAUCAGAACUUUAGAAAACACAGUCAAACAUAGAAAACGUGAAAUAAAUCAACGAGAAAGCAUUCGACAUAUGUUAAAUGAUAUCGCAGCGACUCGUAGACUUUUUAUGGAACUACAGCCUUCCGUCCAAAAUGGUCAACGUAUCCAAACCGAAAGGGUUGUCAGAAGAGAAAUUUCUGUAGCUCGAGCAAAUAUGAGAUAUCAGUAUUCCACUCAGAGAUCCACUCGAUCCUUGGAUAGAUUCACACGACAAAAAGUAGAACACAUGCAACUCUCAACUGAAAACUUUAGAGUAACAAAUGGUGAACGCAAUAUUCGAUCAGAAUUUCAAAGAGUUAGAAGCGUAGAAGGUAAACGCACUGAAAUAAGUGAAAGGGAGAGAGUAAAUGGUGAUCGAAAAUUAACUACCCGGUUUUUAAGUAGGCAUCGAGAUGACAAGGAACGCAAGAACAGGAUUGCGAUUGUAAGUAACGAUAACAGAAGACGUGAUACACGCAGGGUUAUCAGAGAAAGUAAAGAACAUGCCGUGCCCCUAGAUACAGUGGAAAUUAUGCAUGUUGAUGUAAAUAAUGAAAGGAACAUUGCACGUUCGGUACGAGUAAUAAGUCGUCUAAUUGUAUUGCCUCAGGAGCAAAGAGAAACCCGUGCAAAUACCAGAGAUAAUUUUAGAUUUAUUGUAAGGGAGGAAGAACGUCGUGCAAGAUCCUAUUCAGCACCCCGGAUGUUGACAAGCCGUCAUGAUGAUCGCGAGAGGACGAUCCUUAACAUACGUGACAGGGAAGUUCAUGAAAAUCGGCAGAAUUCAAGAGAUAGAAGAUAUUCAGAAAAUAUGCGUACAUUUAGAACUCUUUCAUGGGAAACUAAUUAUGAGCGACGCAACAUGGGAUCUCGACAAGAUAACAGUAGAUCGUCCGAAGUGAGCCGGCAACAAGACGAGCUCAGAGAAAGACGCUACUUAAAUGAGAGAGCUCGGUCAUCAGAACGUGAACGAAUAUCUCGUGACGCUCAGCGCAGAACUGGUCAAAUGGCGGUAAAUCUUUACCAAGAAAGACAAAGUAGAGAUAUUAAAAGAGGAAGUGAUUUACGUCGAAUUGUCGAUUAUCGCACGGUGAAAUCUGCCAGCAAAACAAUGGAAGAUGAAAAUAAUGAAUUUAUCGGCACCAAUUGGCAAUACUUGAUAUAUACCAUGCAAGGCAUAUAUCUGUCCUUCAUAUUGGGAACGUCUUUGCAGAAACUUGUCAAAGUGGAUUGA